UCAAAUUUUAAGUCACAAAAACGCCACGCACUUUUUCGCAUUCAUCGAAUCGAGCAAACUAAUCAAAACAAAAAUCAACGCAAACCUGCCUCUUAAUAGUAAAUGACAACUCAAAGCAAAGUCUAUAUCUCCAACCUCAACUACCAAACCACCGAGGACGAGUUGCGGGAAUACUUGGCUAGCACCAAAGCCACCAAUGUAUUUAUCCCCAACUACUUCGUGGGAUUCGGCAGUCUGAAGUUCAAGCCCUUGGGAAUUGCCUACGCUGACCUUCCAACCACAGAAGACGCAGAAGAGUUUAUCAAAGAAUUCGAAGGCAAACUGUUCAAGGACAGAAAGCUUAAGAUUAAGCUUCACGUGCCAUAUUCGCCCAGCCAAAAACCUACCCGUCUCUCGAGUGUGAAGAGGUUGUCGAAAAAGGAAGGCGACGACCCUAGGGAGGAUAAUGAGGAAAGCUCUAGUGCUGAACUCAUUCAAUCCCCCGUUGAAAGAAAGUUCUCCGACAACGCAGUUUUCGUCAAAGGCUUGAAAGCUAAAACCUGUGACGAUGACUUGAAGGCUAUCUUCAAGGAUUUCAAUCCGACUGGGAUCAAAAUUUUCAAGCCCAGAGGCUGGAUGAGAGGUUUGAAACAUCGUUCCCACAACGCAAUAAUCACUCUCGAUCUCCCUGAGCUGAAAACACUAGAAGAGGUGAUUGAGAGUUGUACUGGAGAAAAGUGCUGUGGGAACUCGAUCAUUGUAACGAGGGCCUAUCUGAACGAAGAUCGUGGAAUUGAUGCCAAAGAAGAAGAAGAAGAUCAGCCUGAACACACGGAUGACCUCCCACAUGAGAAAGCGGAGGAUCGUGCAGUCGAGAAGCCUGCUCAGGAGGGAGAGGCAAAAAAGGCAGCUGAAACGGUAAGUGCUUCCAAAGUUUCCCCGAAAGAGAAAGAGAACUCGAAGCAUGAAUCUGUGGAACCCACUAUACAGAGCUCUGAGCAAGAGAAUGCAUCGAAAGAAGCAAUUCUUGAUGUGAAGGGCGAAUCAGAGGAAGUCUGAGAAUGAGUCUGAGAUCAAAGCCGAUCAGUAACAUACUUCAUGUGUAAUCAUACCCUCUGUCGAAGAAGGUUCGGUAAGUAGCUCAGUUUCAAAUAGCUCAGAGAAUACAGAACUAGCA